AUGACAAGCCCCAAGGUGCUGUUCUGGGAUCAACUUGAUAAGAACGAGAAGAACAAAAUCCGGCGAGUUUGCAUCCCCAAGCCCGGAAGCGGCAACCUGGAGGUGCCAGAGAACAUCUUUGAGAUGUGGCAGGAUGCUGCUAAGGGCCGGGAGACAUUGUAUCGCAUGUGGGCCAAGAGCGGUGGUGUCAAGGCUGUCUUCGUGGAGUCUGUUUUGGUCAUGAGCAAGAGUACACGCUCCAAGAAGCUCUCUGUGAAAGGGGGGUUCUACUCCAAAGAAGACAUGAGCACUGAACUGGGCUACAAGCAGAGCCGCAUCGACAAGAUCGUCAAGUGGGCCGAAAGCAAGAACCUCGUUCGGACGUGCGAGUAUGACGACGAGGUCCUGGAGUACUGGGUUAACAUCCGAACAGAAGGUGUGCUGUCCCAGGAGGACAUUGAUACGAUGGAACACCAGAAGAAGUACGAGGGCGAUGGUGGGACCGACCUGCAGAUGAAGCCGCGGGUGUCCCUCGACGAUUUCUCCUUUGGCGAUGAUGACCCUUUGGUGCACAGAAACAACGCGGACAAAGUUCUUGUCAAGCUCAACGAGCACUUGGCCCAGACCCUGAAAGCAAGGACCGUUUCGAAACUCGAGGCGCUGCUCAAGGACUUCGAGGGCGUGUAUGAAGACAUGGGGGAUUGCAAGGCCGAGGGAAAGAUUAAUGGCUUCGGCGAGAAGCUGGUCGCCGACUGUGAGAACCACUUCAAGAAAGCACAGAAGCUGAACCUGGCCUUGCAGACGCUCAGCAGGCUUCGCAAAGCCUCCAGGCUGCGAUUGUUUUCUUUCGUGAAAGCUCACAUGUCUGUGCAGUCUACGCUACCAGGUGCUGUAAAGCGCGUCAGUCUCGAUAUUGCUGAAGGUGUUGCUAGGGGCAAAAACAAGGCGCUGGCGGAGCUCUAUGUGUGCUACACAAAGAAAGUGCUGCGACCCAGUUCUGAAGAGCUGCUCAGCCCACAAGUCUACUUGAUCGCCAAGAAGUAUGGGAAAGGCGCCUGGGUUGUGAGGGAGAUUCAACAAGAAAAUGGUGGGAAGGCGCUGAGUGUCAUCAAGAUAGGACUCACUUCCAACCCUUUUGUGCGGAGGGAGAGCUACGCACGCCAGAACUUCAAAAGCUUUGUGGUCAUCCACCAAACCUCCCGCGCUGAUCUUCUGGGAAUGCUCGAAAUGUUAGAAGCGGCUGUCAUUGCUGAGUUCUAUGACAAUGGCCGACAAUGCCGAAACCAGCUUCGUGGUGGGGAGAGCAUGCGUGACAAAAACUUCGUGCCCCGUUUCCCUCCUCCGUACUAUGUGUACUGUGCGGCUACAAAUGCUGCGCAGAGGGUCCCUGCAAAAGACCUCGUCAUCGACGCCAAAGCUGCUGCAAAGAAAGACUCCUGCCGUGUGUUGGCAAAGAUAGCAAAAGUUAAGGAGUCGAGUGCGGAUGUUCCCCUCUUCAAGAUCUUUCAGGAGCAUGGGCUGGCAUUGGAGGUUGAGUUCAGCUUUAGCAAACUUGCGACCCUGGAGAGGUAUCCAUACAUUGACCCCCGCAAGCUUUUUACUGUUUUGGGUGAUGGCUACUUCCAUAAAGUGCUGGGGGUGCCAGCGCACUUGGCCAAAGAAUCCUUGGAGUUGUUCUGGGAAAAAUUUCGGGUGCUCCACCCGAAUCACCAAGUCUUUUCCCAGUACGUGCCCCUCGCCACGCUCAUUCCAUACUAUCUUCACGGGGAUGGUGGAAGAGGAUUCAAGAAGGAUCCAAUCGAGAUUUUAUCCAUGCUCCCUGCGCUUGGCGCGGGGUCUAAUGCCAAGCCUGUGGAUUUGAGUUCGAAGCGCAAGGCUGAAGACAUUGCUCUUGGCAUCAACUUGCGGGGGAGCUCUGGCACAACGCGUUUUUUAUUUGCAGUUCUGAGCAGCCUGGUUUACAAGCACCACCCUACAGUGUUCGACGAGCUUAUGCGUUUGUGGGGCAAGAAGCUGGAAAGCCUUUUUGCGGAUGGUUUCGAAGCUUGUGGAUCUACGUGGCGUAUCGUGAUACUGGGCUUUACAGGGGACAAUCCUUUCAUCAAGAAGGUUGCACAUUUGAAUAGAUCGUUCAACAACGUUCGCAAGACCCAUUCCUCGAAGAACGACCAGAAGGGUUGCUGUUGGUUAUGCAUGGCUGGGAAGGAGACACGGACCGAGCACUACCCCUUCGAGCAUCUCGGUUUCUUCGACCCAGCAUGGAUCAGCACGCAAGGUCUCAACAACCCACUUCCAUGGGCAGGCAAUGGAGGCCCUCUUCUGCAACACAUGCUGCUGGAUCCUGAUGAGUCGCCGGCAGCCUUUUUCAAGGCUGACUUUUUCCAUGUCUACCACGCUGGCGUGGGAAAAGAUUUCGCUGCUUCAGCAGUGGUUUACAGCAUGAGCAAGUUGUUUGGACUGGGAGGAAUCGACCGAGACCUGAAAGCGUUGAACGAUGCGCUCGCUGUUUAUGUGCGAAAGCACAAGACGCGCUUGCACUGCGGCUUCCUCACGAAGGAUCUUCUGGGCUACAACUCCACGCGUGAGUACCCGGAGGGCAAGUGGUCCAAGAACAUGGAUACAGCCAUCGUGAUGAAGUUCGUGGUCGACUUGUUGCAACAGCGUAGGUUCCAAGACACGGUGCAAUCCGAUGAUAUCCUGAAGACAAUUCUUGCUUCUGCUACCGCGAUUGGAGCGGUUCUGAACCGAUGUUUGGAAGCAGAAUACUUUAUGUCUGACGCAGACUGUGUCUACGUCAUCAGGAAAGGCCACGAGUUCCUAUGCGGCUACUCGUCUCUGGUGGCAAUGUGCUACGGACGGCAGCUCUGCCUUUUCAAACUCCGACCCAAGACACACUACAUGAACCACAUUCUUUUGAAUGUGUACACGGAGUGGUGCCGCACGGGCACAGCAGUUAAUCCUCUCAGCGAGGCAACUUUCAUGAGCGAGGAUUUUGUUGGCCAUUCCGCGAGGCUUUCGCGGCGGGUUGACCCACGAGCCAUCGCCUUGAAAGUGCUUCAACGGUAUCUGUUAUGGAUGCAGACAGCGCUCGACAAGGAUGCGCUUCAGACUCUGGACCUUUCCUGGCUGCUGUAG